UACUACAAAAUAGUCUUUUACACUUUUUUAAAAAGGUGUUCAAGCACUAUGGAAAAACAUAAUCUAACCUACAUCUUAGAAUUCCAUCUCAUUGGUUUCUCAGAGGAUGCAGACCUGCAGCCUUUCCUCUUUGGAUUGUUCCUGUCAAUGUACCUGGUCACAGUGCUCGGGAACCUGCUCAUCAUCCUGGCUGUCAUCUCUGACUCUCACCUCCACACUCCCAUGUACUUCUUCCUCUCCAACCUGUCCAUUGUUGACAUCUGUUUCAACUCUACCAUGAUCCCAAAGUUGAUUGUGGACAUCUCAACUCAUAGCAGAGUCAUAUCCUAUGUGGGUUGCCUGACACAGAUGUCUUUUUUUACAAUGUUUGGAUGUAUGGAUGACAUGCUUCUCACUGUGAUGGCCUAUGACCGGUUUCUGGCCAUCUGCCACCCUCUUCACUAUGUUGCCAUUAUGAAUCCUCACCUCUGUGUCUCACAACUUUUGAUAUGUGUCUUAAUUAGCCUUUUGGACUCUCAGCUUCAUAAUUUAGUUGCCUUGCAAUUUACCUGCUUCAAGGAUGUGGAAAUUGCUAAUUUCUUCUGCCAUCCUACUCAACUCUUUAGUCUUUCAUGUUCUGAUACCCCGAUCAAAAGCCUGGUCACAUAUUUAGUUGGGGCCAUAUUAGGCUUUUUUCCCUUGUUCGGGAUCCUUUUAUCUUACUAUAAAAUUGUUUCCUCCAUUCUAAAAAUACCAUCAUCACAUGGGAGGUACAAAGUCUUCUCUACCUGUAGUUCUCAUCUGUCAGUCGUUUGCUUAUUUUAUGGAAGUGGUAUUGGAGUGUAUCUUGGUUCAUCUGUGUCAUAUUUUCCCAGGAGGGGCAUGAUGGCCUCACUUAUGUACACUGUGGUUACCCCUAUGCUGAAUCCUUUCAUCUACAGCCUGAGAAAUAGGGACAUUAGUAGCACCCUGAAGAGGCUCCACUGUUUUAAAGUUUAA